GAUGGUUUAAGCGGAGGAUUAGCUAUCUUUUGGCGAAAUACGGUAAAGUGUGAUUUUCUGUCUCCACCUACACUUUACUAUACAGAUAUGUAUAUAUCGGAAGGGCCAACUACCUUUUGUCUGACAUACGUCUAUGGAAACCCGAAGCGAAAGCUAAGACAGCAACAGUGGCUCAAAAUGGAAACUCUAGUCAAAGCUGGUCUCUACCAAAGCAAGCCCAGACUCGUUCUUGGCGAUUUCAAUGAAAUCCAAUGUAAUUCAGAAAAAUUAGGAGGACCUGCAAAGCCAGAAUGGCAGUUUAGCAAUUUCAGGAGGAUGUUAAGAGUUUCUGGCUUACAUGAAGUUAAAACCUAUGGAGGCUUGUAUACCUGGAUAGGUAACCGAAGCACUGGGACAGUUAAAUCUAAAUUGGAUAGAAUUGUUGCUACUGCAGAUUGGAAGAAUCAAUUUCCUAAGGCACUGGUUCAACUUUUGGAUUGGAUAGGCUCAGACCAUCGGCCUCUUUUGCUUCAAACUGAGAACAAUAAAUGGAAAGGCACAAAGCAAUUUCGUUAUGAUAACCGAUGGAGGUUUAAGCAAGACCUUCAUAUGGCUUUGCAAAAAUCGUGGGAUCAAGACUGCAGUCACUUACCACCACAACGAUUCUGUGAAGCUUUGAAGCGUUGCAGGAACAGCCUUUCACGCUGGAAAUCUGCACAAAAUCUCAAUUCUCACAAGUUGAUCCAGCAACUCCAUCUUGCCAUCCAAAAAGCGUAUGAUUCUCCUUCCCCAGAUUACAAUUAUAUUAUGGAUCUUAAGCGUAAACUACAGCAUGAAUAUCAACUGGAAGAAGAGUUUUGGCGUACUAAAAGUCGCAUCCAGUGGAUGCAAGCUGGAGAUAAAAACACGAAAUAUUUUCAUGCCAAAACGCAGCAAAGGAGGAGUCAUAACCGUAUUACAUCUAUUCAGGAUACACAUGGCACUAUUCAAAAAUCAGAAAAAGAAAUCCAAAAGGUUGUUCACUCUUACUUUACUGACGUAUAUUCUUCUUCUGGCAGUAACAACUUGGAACCAGUUCUGCAACAUAUCCAAUCCAAAGUUACAGUAGAGAUGAACCAGCAGCUGACCAAACCAGUUUCUGAGGGGGAAAUCUACCAGGCUUUAUCCCAUAUGAAUGUUGAUAAGGCCCCAGGACCUGACGGGCUAAAUGCAGGAUUCUACAAAUAUCAUUGGCCGACAAUCAAGUCAGCCAAUAAAGCUGAGUGUCAGCAAGUUCUCCAACUACUUCAGCUCUAUGCCAAUGCUUCAGGCCAACAUGUCAAUUUCCAAAAAUCAGCCAUACUCUUUGGUAAGAGUGUUCCUACUGAUACUCAACAAUACAUUAAAGGGCUAAUGGGAAUCUCUAGAACUGGUUUUGGGCGUUAUUUGGGUCUACCUGAAGCUGUUGGUAGGAAUAAAUAUGAUGCUUUUGCCUAUAUCUCCCAGAGAGUGCAGCAUAAGCUAGAUAACUGCAAAUGUUGCUCGUCGAAACAUCAAGAUCUCACCAGAAUGUAUCUUCUGUGGGGAGGCCAAGGAGACUACUUUGCAUUUGCUGUUCACUGCCGCCUAGCUCGUGAGAUUUGGGAGCUAUCACCCAUUGGGAUGCGGCCAGAUGGUUCUUGGAUUGACUCCAACAGCAAAGCUGGCAUUGGUUGGGCUCUUUAUACCUCUCAAGGGCGUUGUGUCCUGUAUGGAUCUUCUUCAACUGAUCCCACCAGUUCAGCUCUUGAAGCAGAGGCGGUGGCAUUAAGAGAAGCCAUUCUCCAGCUAAAAAAGCUUAAUUACCAGCAAGUCACUUUUUGUGGUGACUCUCUUACUCUCUACCGCUACCUAGAGCACGCUGUAUUUCAACAUCAUCCUGAACCAGGCAAUCAUGAGAUUCAAAACUACAUAGAAGAUAUACUUGCUUUGGCUAAAGGUCGCUACUGCUUUAAGUUUGUUGGUAGAGAAGAAAAUGUAAUGGCUGAUAAUCUAGCCAAACAAGCUCGUCAAAAGCUUUCUCCAUAUACAAUCUCUUGGGUCUAUUGAAUGUAUGUUGUAAACUAUGUACUUUUUUCUUUGGAAAUUAAGAUUCGUAGUAAUUGAAAGUUGCAUGAAUGAAUAGUUUUUAAGUAA